UUCUCGCAAGAGCGAACACCAGGAAUCCAAUAUAUUGUCAACGGCUUCUCUUUAGUUUUACAAAUUAACAACCCUUCUCAAAUGUUAAUAGCCUCGCAAAGGCUUGUUGGUUCAUUCCUGGCAGUGGUUCCCUAUCUUGAAAAGCU